GUUUCCAUAUCCGCUUCAUUGCGAUUUACUGUUCAUCAUCGACCGGUCGUGUAUGUUCUUUCAUUAUUGCCGAAUAUCAGAAGAAUCCACCAUGGAUGAUCCAAACACGAUUGCUGAUUUGGUCAAGAAGAUUCCUCCAGGGGGAUCUAUUUGCCUCUCAGAUAGUCAGAUCGCAACUCUCAGGAAUCAAGGCCAUCUAGAAGAUGUGAAUCAAACGUGCGUGGUGGAUCGGAUUGACCACGUGCCCAAAGAGGAUGGUACGGAACGGUUACCCGUCAAAAGCGAUCCGCGUCCUAGAAGAGGAGAGGGCGUGGAGCCAGUUGAAGCCGUCGGUGACGAAGCAUCACUCGGAAACCGGGUCGCCGCUUUUUUAGAACGCGAGGCAGGCCCAGAAGCGAGGCAAGCCAUCGUUUCUAUAUUGGAGCAACAUCGUCCCGAUGCUAGAGUGCGUUUGCCGAUGGAAACUGAGAGUGACCGACGUUCUAAACGUAUCGGGCCUCCGAGGUCGGACUCAGACGAAAACCAUGACAUCGAUUGGGACAAUCGGGGAACAUCAAAGAGUUGUCAAGAAAACCAUGGGUUCGACAAUCUUCACCGCUUGGGAAGUGCCCACGGCAAAGUCGCCAAAAUGGAUCCUGUUACCAGACCCAAGUUCCCCGACUUACGAAAGUCGUCCCGACUAACCCAAUUUCAGUCACCUGUUUCAUCUGAUACUUCAUCCGCCUCCGACGACGAUGAUACUCAAACUCGGGCCAAGGACUCCAGCUGGCCUCAUCCCCUGGCAAAAUUAGUCACUUCCGAGAAAUCGUUUGGCCAAUAUCUCAAUGGUCCUUCAGAAGGGCGAGAUGCUGUGGUUGGUGCGGAAUUACAGUUCGGUUCAAAUCAAGAUGCGUUGAUGCUACGGAAACAAGAUGAUAUCGACCCUAGGGUCCCAGGGCGAAUUCAUAGAAAUGAAUUCCGAAGAUUUUGGGCCAAUGAAUUACAAGCGGCGGACAUGCUGUUAGCAUUACUGGAAGAGGGGUACAAGCUGCCGUUUGCGUCUAUUCCCCCUAAGUCGUCCUUGCCCAACAAUUUUUCCGCGAGGCAGCACAACAAUUUCGACUUUGUAUGUAAGGCUAUAGCGAACCAUUUGAAAGUAGGAGCGAUCCAAGAAGUGGAUUGGACACCACAUUUGAUGAUGCCUUUACAAGUGGUGGCUCCGAACGGGCGUAAGAAACGACUGAUCACUGAUCCCUCGCGACAACUCAACCCGUUUUUAAAUGUGCUACCAGUGAGGUUGGAUAACCUGCAGCGUAUUGUCGGAAGUUUCGAGCAAGAUUCUUGGUUUGGCGUGAUGGAUCUGUCAUCGGGCUAUUACCACAUCCAAAUUCACAAACCACACCAAAACUAUCUAGGUUUUGCAUGGACGGGUAGAGACGGAGUGAAGAGGCAUUAUGUGUGGAAGAUAGCUUUUUUAGGAUUGGCCCCGCUUAUGAGAAUUUUCACUAAACUUCAGAAGCCAAUCAUUGCCUAUCUGCGUUUGCAAGGUAUUAAAUGUUACAUAUACAUUGAUGACAUGAUCGUUUUCGGGGCAUCUAAAGCGGAAUGCCAAAACAAUAUGAUGAUAGCCAAGAAAGCUUGGUCUCGGGCAGGUUGGGUGGAGAAUGUGCGAAAAGCAAAAGGGCCAACGCAAAAAGAAGAAUAUCUUGGACUCAUGUUACACACACCUUCCUUAACCAUUCAUAUGCCUCAUUCAGCCUGUGCAAAGCGUCGAAUGGCGGCCAUUAAGGCGGAAAUCCCAACAGAUACCGCCUUUUUGGCCAGCCCGAAUGACCUUAGGAACAAUUUGGACAUCAAACAAACGACUUUUGGCUCAGUAUGCCUCGACAUGAAAGCCGCCGCCUCCUCAAACUUCAAGAGUUCAAGCUCGCCAUUUGAAGAGGAGAGAGCCUCCUCGCAAGUCGCGCGAUUGGUGUCUUCCAAGGUGCAACAGGCCAGUUCGAAGCGGUGA